AUGUUUAUGUUGGUCUUCUCUCAGACUUGUUCAAACUACUUGCUUGAAGCUUUGCAGUUAUUGACCGACCAUAUAGGAAAAGAAAAGGCUCAAGAAUCUGGUAGCAAAGUUACUUCUAUCAUCUGCAAAGUUCUUUUCUUUGAGCAACUACGUCUCCUCCAAAAGUCUCCGGACUGGCCAGAGAUCUUCAGAGAUGCCAAGCCAGUUCCAGCUGAUGAAAGCUCUCAAAUACCUAUGGCACAGCAAGACGUUGACGGUGAAAUAGACUCGAGUGAUGACGGCAUGCCCCCUCCCCCAUUGGAAGCAUAUACAAACAGAUUGAGACCAUUUGGAGUACAAUUUGAUGCAGAAACGGAUUCUGAUUCUUAG